AUGCAAUAUUUCAGAGAUAGAAUCGUGGAGUUACACUUUUUUGUAAUAUCGAUGUAUUUUGAGCCACAAUAUUCAAGUGCGAGGAUUAUGCUGACUAAGUUCUACACGGUCGAAACCAUUACCGACGACACCUUCGAUCGAUAUGCAUCUAUCUCUGAAGCUGAAUGCCUCGCCAAUAGUCUAGAAAGGUGGGCUCCUGAUAAAGACAUGGAUACACAACCAGAUUAUUUGAAAUUCGUGUUUAAAUUAAUUCUGGAUGUAUUCAAAGAUUUCGAAGGACAAGUGGGGUCAGAAGGAAGAUCUUACAGCGUGAAAGGUACAAUAGAAGAGUUCAGAAGACUCGUGAAAUCCAACCUUGACCUUGCAAAAUGGGCGCAAAUCGCUCAUGUGCCUAGCUUUGAGGAUUAUAUGGAAGUCGGUGAGGUUGAGAUAACGAUGUACGCAACUAUGGCAGGGACUUUGAUUGGUAUGGGACAUAUUGCUACGAAGGAAGCUUAUGAGUGGCUCAAAUCAAGACCCAAACUCAUCCAAUCAUUAUCUGUGAAUGGGCGUCUGAUGAAUGACAUGGCCGGUUUCGAGGAUGACAUGAGUAGAGGAUAUGUGACUACUGGUGUCAACUGUUAUAUGAAGCAAUAUGGAGUUACAAAAAGCGAAGCUUUUAAGAAGCUUCAUCAGAUGCGUGUAGACAACGACAAAAUAGUGAAUGAAGAGUUGUUGACGACAAAAGAUGUGCCAAAGAGAGUUCUCAAAGAAGCCAUCAAUUGUGCACGCAUGACCAGCGUUGCCUACGGCUACGGUGAAGGAUUAACACAUCCUGAAGGAAAAAUUAAGGACUAUAUUUUUUCUCUUUAUAUUGAUCUGAUUCGUCUGUAA